GGGGCGCCCAGCGGACCCUCGCACAGCUCGGGGCGUAUCAGGCGGGGCGGGUGUCGAAGGGCGACUGGCAGCCAUGGCGGAGUCGGCGCCCGCUCGGCACAGGAGGAAGCGCCGCUCCACCCCUUUGACUUCCUCCUUGUUGCCCCCACAAGCCACAGAGAAAAGCUCCUACUUGCCAGCCACGGAGAUCUCACUCUGGACGGUGGUGGCCGCCAUCCAGGCCGUGGAGAAGAAGGUGGAGGCCCAGGCCGCCCGGCUGCAGAGCCUGGAGGGGCGGACGGGCACGGCCGAGAAGAAGCUGGCCGACUGCGAGAAGACGGCCCUGGAGUUCGGGAACCAGCUGGAGGGCAAGUGGGCGGUGCUGGGGACGCUGCUGCAGGAGUACGGGCUGCUGCAGAGGCGCCUGGAGAACAUGGAGAACCUGCUGAGGAACCGCAACUUCUGGGUCCUGCGGCUGCCCCCGGGCAGCAGGGGCGAGGCCCCCAAGGUGUCCAGGUCACUUGAGAGUGAUGACGUCUGUUUCUCUGAGCAGGACUGGGAGAACCUGGAGGGCUGGCAGAAGGAGCUCUACGCAAACGUGAUGAGGAGCAACUAUGAGGCUCUGGUCUCUCUGAAGGUGCUGGGCCAGCCAGAAGGAGAAGCAGAGUUGGGUACAGAGAUGCUGGGAGACUUGGAGGAGGGAGAAGGCCCUGGUGGUGAUCACCCAGCAGCAGAGGGGCGUCUGAUGAAGCAGGAGCUCCAGUGCGCAAGGGACGGCGCUGUGCACCCCCGCGGGGCGAUCUCGGGCGUCGCCCAAGCGCACGCUUUCCUGAGCCCGGAGCAGACUGAGCUCGGGGACGGUCAGGGCGGCUCUGGCCUCUUGGAGUCAGGUCCUGGGGACACGCAUGCAGAGGAGCCCGUUGAGGGCAGGAGAGACCCUGGUGGUGGCCGGACUCUGGGCUGCUCCCCGAAGCAGACAUCUCACAGGCCCCUGCAGCUGGGGCAGGAGUGCAGGCAGGGCCUGAAGCUGAAAAGAGAUAUUCCUGGCCCCUACGAAUGUUCCGAGUGCGAGCUCAGCUUCCGCUGUAAGCAGCAGCUGGCCGCCCAUCUGCGGACCCACGCGGAGUCGGGGUCUCACACAGCCUUGGAGCCAGAGAGCCUUCGGCCCCGGCCCCGGCUCAAGCCCCCAUCCAGGAAGGCGAAGCUGCAUCAGUGUGACAUGUGCCCCCGGAGCUUCAGCUGCAGGGUGAGCCUGCUGACCCACCAGCGCUGCCACUUGCAGGAGGGGCCCAGCGCCAGCCCCCAGGUCCAGGAGCGGUUCUCGCCCAACAGCCUGGUUGCAUUGCCUGGCCACAUUCCUUGGAGGAAAAGCCGGAGUUCCCUCAUCUGCAGUUACUGCGGCAAGAGCUUCAGCCACCCGUCGGACUUGGUACGGCACCAGCGCAUCCACACGGGUGAGCGGCCCUACAGCUGCACCGAGUGUGAGAAGAGCUUUGUCCAGAAGCAGCACCUCCUGCAGCACCAGAAGAUCCACCAGCGGGAGCGGGGUGGGCCGGCCCUGGAGCCGGGAAGGCCCAAUGGCCAGCUUUAGGAGUGCCAGCCCCUCGCCCGGCUGGGGGGGGCGGAGGGGGCUGGCACUCUCCCCCCAAAGAGACACUGCAGAGUCAGGGACUGAUGCUUCCUGAGGAGAGUCACUCUGACUUCUUCCCCGUGACCAGGCGCCGGGCCGACCCCCUAGGUGCUGCGGGAGAGGAGGGGUCUGGGGCAGGGCUCUCCUGCUGUGUCUUUUCACCCUGCUGCCGAGUUGCCAUCUCUUUGGCACCUUCGAGUGUCUGGUUUCCCAUCUGAGCUGAUGGUUCUGGGCCAGGGUUGGCUCCCUGAGCCCGCAGGGCUGGUGUCCAGUUCCAGGGCCUGCCGGCUCUCGGGUCUUCCAGGGGUGGAGUUGGGCCAGAGGAGUGAGCUGGGCGGGGAAGAGCCUUGGGGGGGCAGAGCCCACAUCCUCUUCCUUUGUAGUCUCUCUGUUAAUAACAAGUGAAGGAAUAAUUUAAAUGAACUGCUCACCCUAAAGAACCUUUUUUCAAAUUAGAUUUUAGUUGAUUUAAAUAAAAGUCUGAUACUUUAAAACUUUUCCAAAGUUACAGCAGUUGCUCCUAACGUGGGGACUGGGCCUGCCCUCUAGGAGGGGGUCAUUUCCAGGGCUUCUUCAGCCCACCCGCCACUAGGCCUGAGACCAGGCCAUGUGCUGGGCUCCCUCGCACGGUGGCCCCGGCACUCUGGAGGUGGGCAGCUGACCGGGGGAAGGACGUGGGGAGGGUAGACCCCCCGCCCCUGCUGGGCGCCAAGGGUCCUGGAAAGGCGCUGAGAGGACGGCGCUGCUUCCUCGAGCUUGGGUCUCUGUCCAUGGCCCUCUCUGCUCCUCGCAGUGGUUCUGCAGCCUCCCAGGCCGGAAGCCUGCUUUGUUACUUCAGGUCGUUCAGCCUGUGCCAGUGGUUGCUUGAGUUAGUUCCCGUCACACCCGUUGUUUCUUGAGGCAGUUCCAGUCACACGCUCUUCCACAUUAGUUCUGGGAUUGGCUGGUCUCGAGAUGAUGGAGAAAAGGCACGCGGGUGCCUGUCUCUCGGGAGUGUUGAACGCCUGCCCCACUGCUGUCGGGGGGGAGUGGGCUCCUGGGCCCUGUGCGGGUGUCCCUGUGAUGAUCUGCAGUUGCCUGGAAUAAAACUUGCUACUAGUGAAAAGA